CGCGCUGGUCCCCGGCCGGCCGGAGCGGCGGCGGCGGCGCUGGGCAGCAUGAGGGAACCGCUCGGGUCUGCUGACUUCAGGAAUGUCGAGGGCCCCUCACUGGCGAAAACCAGCCGUCCAAGGAAGGUGAUGGAUCCUGCCACCAAGAUGUUUCUAGUGACUGAGCUUUGAUAGACCCAGUGCACCAUGUACAGUGUAGAAGACCUCCUGAUCUCUCAUGGAUACAAAUUGUCACGGAACCUUCCUGCACCACGAGAGGACAGCAAUGAGGGGCAUCAGCCUGAGGUGACGAGAGCUAGAGCCGGCCGCAGCUUGUUGAACGGGUAUGAGAACGAUUCUGCAGCCUUUGCACCAAGUAAGAAAUCCCUGGGGAGAGGAUGCCUGGGUAGCUCCGAGAGCUGCUGUGGCACCCCUAGAAGCUACAGGGAGCCCCAGAGUUCUUCUGCUUUCAGAGCUUCGGAGGCGGGGUUCUAUAAUCAACCACCAUUAGCGCGGUCCUCUCAGCUGCAGACUGGGAACAGCCAAGCUGGUUGGAGAAGAAGGGGACAGGAGUACAGUGGCUUGCCAGGUCCGAGCGACCGAGAGGACCUGGAGGUCAGAGGAUUGGCCCAAGCCCACAGCCAGCCUGGCCACUUGAGGGAGAGCCCAUGGGAUGUCGGAGCAAGGACAGAGAAUGUGACAAAGAAGGCAGUUUUGGAAGAAGAGCUGAGAAUGUCGGGUGCUGCCAAGUGGCAGAAUGUAAGCCUGGAAAGCUGGAACCAGCCACGGAAGUUGGGGAGGCAGAUGUCUGAUGGUGGUGGGGAGAAGUUGUUUCAAGAUCUGUAUCCACUCAUUCCAGGGGAACACGCACUGAAUCCUCAAAACAAAGGGAAAUCCCAGUUGUUGCCUAGAGUUCUUUCCCCUGAGAGCCUGAGUUGUGUGGAAAUGCCGAUCUCGCUAAAUGAUAGACAUUUACCCAGUAUCCCUAAGAUGCCACUGUAUCCUCCAAACUGUGCACCAAAUUUGGAAACCACAAGGAACACCGAGAAGGGUGUCUUCAUUGUUCCUUUACCACAACCUAAGUUUGGGAGACCCCUCAAGCCUCCAUCUUAUGAGCUACACCAGCAAUCCAGGGGGGGAGUGGAAAACAGUGAAUACCAGGAUGGCCAGCCGAUAGACGACCUGUAUGUUCCCAGGCAGGAACACUGUGGGUUGGACUCCAGUUUGGAGCCUCCAGUCUAUGUGCCUCCUCCAUCAUACCAUUCACCCUCCCCACACAUCACAAACCCAUACCUGGAAGAUGCAGCGCCCAGACUUGUGUGUGGGGGUCGCAGUCAGCAGUACCCCCCGACCGAGAAGACCAGUGCCAGUUGCCAGCGUUCUGCUGGCUCCCUGGGAGCUGGGAACGAGUACGGUGCAAACCCACGCUCUCCUCACGGGCUUCCCCAACACCCCUGUCCCACCACUGCUCAUGACAGCUUUGUUCAGUACAUUCCCUUUGACGACCCACGCAUACGACAUAUUAAACUAACUCACCCCCAAGGCCUCUGUGAAGAAACCAAUCUUUAUGAGAAGUUGUAUAGCACUGGGCCCACUGCUCCCCAGGAGCCAGCUCAUGGGAAAAUACAACCUCGCGGUGCCUUUUUGAACGUGCAAAGCAUGACACCCGUAGCCGGGAAGGAGUGGGCUCCUUCCAUUUCUGAUCCUGGCCCCCAGUGGCUCCUGGGCCGGCUCCCCAGGGGUGGAGAACCCAGUGACAUUGCUGACCAAAGAGACAACUGUGCUGUGAGAGGAGAGCAGCCUGACAUGAAAGGCACCCAGCACGGACACUCAGAAGGCCAUGCAUCCUCCCCAAACCCACAGGGCGAGAGUACCUGCGAAACCAUAACCAAGCUCAAAAAGUUUGAAACUGGGCUCCAGACCAAGAAAAGUUCAAAGAAAAAAAAGAACGAGACCGUAUUUUGCUUGGUUUCCAUCCCAGUUAAAUCCGAAUCACAUCUGCCAGAGAUAGAUACGAACAACAAUGACUUAAAGCAGAGCGCCGAUAAAAAGAAUGGGCUUGAUAAGAGCCCAGCGUUGCAAGAACAAAGUCUCCUGAGCAUGUCUUCCACCGACCUGGAGCUGCAGGCCCUGACAGGAAGCAUGGCCAGCAGAACAGACCUAGAAAAACAAGGUCUGGGGGAAGCAGAAGAAGACAAACAAACAAAUGACCUCAGAUUCGUUCACCCUACAGGACACAGAGCGCUCAAGUAUGCUGGCUCCUGGCCAGGACACCAGUUCAGAGACCAGCAAACGCAAACCAGUUUCACUGAAGAAUCCAAAAACUCCCAUCUCCUGCCCAGUGCGAAACCGGGAGGUUCGACUGAAGCGGCGCUGACUCCCCAUUGUUUAGACCCCACUGCCGCCGGUGCCCCGACGCAGACAGCAUUAGCUCCCAGUGACCAAAAGCAGAAGUCAAGUGUUCAUUACUUAAAAGGUCAAACAUGCCUCAGCCCAUCGACCAACAGUGCUUUCUCCAGGAUGUCCUCUGCCGUGAAUCAGGCCCCUGCACCCAAAGCAUGCCAUAGUCAGCCCCACGUGGACGUCCAUGGACGCAGAGCCAGCCCUGUGCCCAAGGACAAGGUGGUGAAGGGCGAACCGACUAGUCCAUGCAACAGUCAGCAGCUAUUUGGUCAGUUUCUUUUGAAACCCGUGAGCCGUCGUCCCUGGGAUUUAAUAAGUCAACUAGAAAAUUUUAACAAGGAGCUUCAAGAGCAGAAAGAGAGCAGUCACAGUAGCAGUGAAGGUAGCAGUGAAGAGAGUGAGGCAGAGGGCCAGCAGGAUGACUGUACCGACUCCAGACGGGAGAAUUCCGCGUUCGCUGGAUACAGCCAGGCAGUGAGGGGGGAGCAGUGGCCAAGGAUGCUGCUGCCAGAGGAGCCUGUGCUGAGGUCGGGAAGAGUGAAAAGUAGGUCCAAGAGCUGUAGUGAGGAGCAGAAGGCUGCCCCUCCAUCCCAGGGUGUUUUGCAGGCAGAGGAUAGCAGAGGGGAAUUGUUCAGGUCGGCAGAUGGAAACUGGAUCACAGGGAAGAGAAACCAGGAGGUUGGAACUAGAAAAAGCCAGCUAGCAGUCAGCCCAGGUCCGGUGAAAAGAAUGAUGGCAUUUAGAUUAAACGACACAAAACCAGCCCCCCUACUCUACCCAGCUGAAUUGAGGAAGCCACUGGAAAGCCAGAAAGUUACCAGUGAUACGAGUUUUGUGAAACUGAGCACAGUGGUCACUCCAGAGGCAGAGAGCGGGGACGAGAGGGAGACAGUGUUUCCACUGUCUCUUGUGAACAAAAACCGAGGACUCUCAGCACCAGACUUGCGGUCCAUGGGGCUUCAUACAGGCCAAGAGCAGAGUGCCAACAAGUCAGAUGGCUCUUUCGAAAAAGCAAGUGCAAUAGAAAUCCCCCCAAAUGAGUCCCUUCAAGAAAGGGCUGAGCGGAUCCUGGGCAUCGAGGUUGCCGUGGACUCCCUCCUGCGGGCCAGCGGGAGAGGUGGACACAACCGGUGCCCUGUGUCUGACGAUAGUGCCUUCAGGCCAGAUUCACCCAGGGAAGAGCUGCUGACCAGCUCAGCCCAGCCAGAUGGCCCCGCAGCAUCCAAAGACGCCUUUUAUGGCCGGAGAAAAUGUGGCUGGACCAAAAGUCCUCUCUUUGUAGGGGAGAGAGACGUGACUAGACAGACUCCCCAUGCGUAUGCCCACUCAGGUCUGGAGGGGGCCAUCACCUGUGAUGCCCUCAGCCCUGAGCCCCAGCCCAGCCCCCUGGACCCCGAGUCCUUGGGUCAGAAGGACUCGGAGACAAAACCACCCUUCAGGUCCACUUUGUUCCAUUUCAUCGAGAGGAGCCCAAGCGUGGCAGGCUCAGAAAAGAGGUGCAGAAACACUUCCAAAGUGAUUGAAAGUUUGCAAGAGAAACUAGCCUCCCCUCCAAGGAGAGCAGACCCUGACCGCUUGAUGAGAAUGAGAGAGGUGAAUUCUGUGUCCAGGAUGAGGCUCCUGAGCUCCAGGAGCACCGAUUCCACAGAGGAGGCUGAGGAACUGAAGGCAGAAGGAGGCCAGGGGGAGCAGCCAAGAGGGUUUGCGUCCCUCAACGGCGGGGACCUGCCGAGGAGAGCGGCCCCCAUCCCCAAGGGCAUCAUCUUGCUGGAGGACAACGGGCAUCUGGCAGCACAGAGCACAAGGAAGAAAGGUGAUCAAGACUUCUGGUGCCCAGAUUCAUAUGAUCCCAGCAGAGUGGAAAGGGUGUGAUGAGAUACUAGUGAGGUUUGGGACCACUUUGGUGUGCUGAGUAUUCUCUGACUUGACUUGAGUCCAUCAGCCCAACUGGCCCACGUACAAGCUGGGAACAGCAGGGUUUUAGUGUUGAUGUGUCCAUUACCACCGCCACUAGGAAACCAGCCAUUCAUUCAGUGUUGCUUUGUGCAGAUAAAGCUCUAGUCCAUUGAAACCAUCUGUUUUUACAGCAUGAAGAUGUAAUCUCUAUAUUUAGAAAAGAGUUUUCAGAUAAACUCUCCUUAAUGAUAGAUUUGGCCAGGUUGGUAUAUAGUUUGGUGUUAAUCUGGCUCUGUGUGAACGUGUAAACAUGGGAGAUCUAGUGAGUGGUGUUGAAAGGAUGGUGAACGUUAUAAAUUCCCCUUCCUCAUCACCACAGCGUGUGCCCUGCCGUCACGUUCAGGAGUUGGGGGCACAGGCCUUGGCCUAGCGUUCCGCACUCUGUAUGGGGGCGUGGGAUGGAUACAUACAACCCACUUCUCAUCAGUUUGGUCUGCUGCUGCUGGAAGUAACUUUACUUAGGAGUGACUUUCCAUCAGAGAGUCAAAGCAGUAUCCUUUAAGUUCCAGAAGGAUUGAAAGCUGUGCUAUAUAGUGUACUAAGAGUAUUAUUUAUCUGGCAAUGAAAUACUUUGAGAUCAUUUGCAAACAUGCCAUUGUCUGCUUUGCACUCAGUAUUAUCUAUUUUUAUUUUCUGUAUGGAUGUUUAGAAAUUCUUUAUAUGAAAAAUAAUUGCUGGUUUAAAAUAGACCAUUUUAACAAAGUAACUAUUUCUUUUUACAAUAAUGCUAUUUUUCUAUGAUGUAAACAAUUGUCAGGUGGCAGAUUUUUAAGGAAGUAUUAUUUUAUUUAAAAGAGUUGGUAUCCCUUGGUGUGAAAGGAACCCACAAGGGGUUCACACUUGCUUUAAAGCAUAUACUCUGUCCCUUACCCGCUGACAACACCGCUACUUUUAUUGUAGAACAGAGAUGUCAGUACAUACAUUACAGGGUUAAUGAAACAGAUUCUCACAAGAAUGUUUUACAAACGUAGCUGUAAGGUUAUAUUUGAAAAUAACCCUCCCAAAACCAGCCAACAUCCUUACAACCGUUUUUGCUGUCAUAUGAACUAUAAUUACCAAAAUGUUGUUUUACCCUUGUACGUCUGUGGGGGUCUACCCUGAGACUAUGCUUUCCUGCCCCCUGCCCUACCCCUUUAAAGAAAUAUGUAUUUUUUAUCUAGAAUGCUCCUGAGUUAGUCUUUCCAUAUUUUUACAAAGUGCUUGGAGACAUUAUAUAUAUAUAUAUGCCUUUACAGAAGUAUCCUGAGGCCUAUGUAGUCUGCUGUGUUUAAUAUUGCAUUUACCUGCACAAAGUUUAUGCAUUUUUUAUGCGUUUAUCCCCGCUUUCGCGGUAAGGUAUUCCUCUUAGCUAACAUUUCAUAAAGUUUCAGUAAUGCCCUUCCUUCCUUCCUUCUUCCCUCCCUCCCUUUCUUUCUCCCUCUCUUCCUUUUUUUUUUUUUUUUGUGAAACCACCUUAUCUAUUUUUAGACUUCUCAAAUUCCUAAAAUGUGAACUGUUGGGUGGUCUGUAAUUUGGCCCUAAAACAACUUUUCCUGGGUUGUCAUGGCCUGUUUUUAUCUGUACCGUAUGAUUUUAUUUCACAAGAACGUCAUGUAUUUGGACUGUAAUAAACAAAACAGACUCUA